GUAAUCCCUCCCUCAUUGCCGUGUGACGCAGAUCGUUUAUUUUUUAGCUGUGUACUCCAAUGUCACAACUCGCUAUCAUUCUCAAAACACGCGAAAAAUGUUUUUCCUAAAUAAUAUCAUAUAACAUGCGUAAACAAGGCUCGUCGAGUAUUUUACCAAAGUAAAUGAUACAGGAUUAGAAAUCUGGCCUACGGUUUCGUUACCCAAAAGUAUUAACACAGUGAGCGCUCUUACAGUGAUUUCGCUCUUCAGCAAAGCUUGGACCAGGUUUGCGUUUCACAAAAUAAAAUGAAUCAAACAGAGGACCCCAAAGUUACGAGUGUGCCUCACAUCGUGAAAGAGGAGCUCUUGGCAUCUGGGAGAUGGGUGAAACUGGAGAAGACGACAUAUGUAGAUCCUGCAGGAAACACAAGAGUCUGGGAGACGGUGAAGAGGACGACGAGGCAAACCAACACAGAUGCAGAUGGUGUGGGCAUUAUCGCGCUGCUGAAGAGGACGCUGCACAAAGACUGUGUGGUGAUGGUGAAGCAGUUUCGGCCUCCUCUUGGAUGCUUCAGCCUGGAGUUUCCUGCAGGCUUGAUUGACGAGGGUGAGAGCGCAGAGGCGGCUGCGUUGAGGGAGCUGAAGGAAGAAACGGGCUACAAAGGCGAAGUAGUCGGAGUAACGCCAGUGACAUGUCUGGACCCCGGCCUCUCCAACUGCACCACCCAGAUUGUCAUGGUCAACAUCAAUGGAGAUGAAAUGGAGAAUAUUAACCCAACACAACAACUGGGUGAGGAGGCGCAAUUUUCCACACACAUACAUAUUCAGCACAGACUAAAUAUUCCAACAUUGCUAUUAUUAUUGACAUUGUUACGUCAAAGAACUACAUUACUGGUGUAGUGACACCUCGCCCCACCACACACUCGCUCAGGCAACAACCGAAUGGUUACACUGCAUACCGUAGGCGGCCUUACUGCUGCUUUGUUUUUAUGCUAUGCUUCUAUGUGAAAUGAAUGUAUUCAAGGAAGGAAGUCCCAGUAAUGCUCAAAAUGACACUUAUCUCCAUUAAAUGACUGAAAUAAUAGAAUAAACUGUACAGAAUUUUUCCCACGUCACUGAACUCACCAUUUCUCUUGUGCUCCUUUACAGGUGACGGAGGUGAGUUGUCAGGGUUUUUCAGAACACAAACACUCUUAGUGCAUGAAACAGAUAACUCAUAGCCUGUUUGUUGUUUUCCCAGAAUUUGUGGAUGUUGUGCUUUUACCUCUUGAUGAAUUCCAGAUGAAAAUAGAUGAGCUGCUGAAGAAAGAAAAAAUAGUAGUGGAUGCCAAGGUUUACAUUUUCGCCAUGGGGAUGAUGCAGGCUUUUUUUAAGCCAAGGGAACUCCCCGUGUUGAAGCAGUGAAAGUGACAUAGAAAACACUAUACAGUUGUUACUGUUCGCACACAGGAACAAACACACUUGUGAUGUGACGUUGAAGUACAAAAAAAGCCAAUAACUAUUUGGGUGCAACAUUUUAAGAAUAGUUUGGACUGCAUCGCAAGGCAUGUACUGUAUGUUUCAUUUCACCUAACAUAGAAAUAGAGUUAAAUGUUCCAUAUCUUUAUGCCAGGGACACAGUUUCAGGGUUUUAACAAUGUAUUUUGUGAUUGUAAUACAUUCCUUAACUUGCUAACAUACUCUUAUUUAGUAAAACAACUUAACAUCUUAUUACCGAAAGCCCUUUCAAAUUGGGCUUUGUGGUUUGUUUGCCAAAUGUCAACAGUGCACAAAUUAUUUUAAACAUUAAUGCAUAUUCAUUCCUUAGGAUUAGUCAACUUUAGAUGAUCUAUGGUGAUCUCCUUCAAUUGUACUUGAUGAUGCAACAGAGAAAGUACGGAAGUCGGGGGUAAAUAAUCCAUGCUGGACCAUCCAGCCUUGGUUUGAGGCCUUCAUCUCAUUGAUGCUGUAGUUACCAGAACGCAUAGCUGACUAAUAAAUGAGUUUCUACAUA